AGUGAUGUGUGCAGCUGUUCUUCAGUAGCUCAGCUGGACUGAUCUCACCAUGUUUUCCCACCGUAAACUGGUCACAUUGAUGCUUGCACUGACUCUUCAUGGUCAAGUGUAUACAGGAAAAAUCUUUGGAGGCCACGAGGCUGUGCCACAUAGCAGGCCACACAUGGUGCUUUUGGAGCAACACAUGGAGGAAGGUAGAAUAAAACACUGCGGUGGAUUCCUUCUGAAUGAGGAUUUUGUGAUGACGGCAGCCCACUGCCAAGCCAAGUCCUACAAAGUCUUACUAGGUCUCCACGAUGUCCGUAACAGUAAAGAAAUACAGCAUGUAUUUGUGGAAGAAGCAUUUCCACAUAAAGAAUACGAUGAAAAAGAAUUAAAAAAUGACAUAAUGCUUCUUAAGUUGAAGUCCAAGGCACAUUUCAACAAAAAUGUGAAACCCAUUGCUCUCGCAGGCCAAGAUGAUGAAUCUCUGCCUAAAUCAUGUAUAGUCUCUGGCUGGGGAAGAAGCGACAAAGUAAAUAGAUAUAUGACUCCAAUACUCAUGGAAGUCAAUGUAACACUCAUUGACAAUGAGUGGUGUACCACAGAAAAGUUGUACUGCUCUAAAGGAGAAAAUGGACCAGCUGAGGGAGACUCUGGUGGUCCAUUGGUCUGCGAAGAUGGAAAGGCGUACGGGGUGGUGUCUGCCUCUGGUAUCUUAAACUCAGAUGGAACCCAAAUCUAUUGUUUCACGAAGAUACCUGACUAUAGAAACUGGAUUGAUGGGAUCAUUGGACAUAUUGGAAAUGGUCCAUCAAAUCACAACAUUUGAAUUUACAGUUUUUCAGGGUAUUGUAUAACAUUACAGAAUUAUAGAGUUGAUGAUUGAGAUGCUAGUAUUACCUGCCAGAGCAAAUGCUUUAAACAGAUUUAAUCAAAAUAUGCUUUACUUUGAUGAUACCACAUGAUACAAAUUUUUGUGUAUAAAGUUGAGUCAGAAGACUGAAAAUAGUGUACGCUGGUGCAGUGCGGACUCUACAUUUUCUGUCGAUAUGCUUUAGGUUUUAUGAAGAAAUAUAGAAAUUUAAACCAAGCAGGCCGGAUUUAAAAAAGCCAAUCAUGAAAUACAAAUUGAGUGUAUAUAUUAAAGGUUCUGUCAACAAGGUUUUAAACAUUAAUAUAGUAGCAAACAAGUAUUUUCUAUGCAAAGAUAUAGUGGAGUAAUGGCAUUUAACUUAAGUAACUUUAUUCAGUUGAGCUUCUUGUUUGGCGUUUAGUGGCCACUUUCACUGAGCUUUGUAACACUUUGCUGACUGAGAACAUGUAUUGGGAGGCUGGAGGUGAGGCUGACAAAGCAUUUGUUUUGGUCUGAGAUGGUGGUGGUUUAGUGCGCCAUCUAAUGGCAAUGGUGAUUGUUUACAGAACCUUUAAGUCAAUCCUAAACAGAUGUAAUAGCUAUUGUUUUCAUAUAUAAUGUGGCCUAUGCUCUUAAAACAUAUACAUGUUAAUACAUAACUGCUUUGUGCAUCCUCUUUUACACUAGACAAUAUGAGAACACAAGAUCCUCUAAGUUUGUU